GUCGGACCACAUCUUAUAACGCUCUCUCUCCGGCGAUCCCUAGUUAAAACCACUGUGGGAAAAGCGCAAGAGCGCCUGAGAUUCACGUAAUGGCAUCAUUUCACUCUACCCUCACCUACUGGCUCGUGAACCACCCCAACAUUUCCUAUUUCACGUGGACAGAAGGUGAAACUCUUGGCUCCACCAUCUUCUUCGUCUCCGUUGUAGUCUCACUCUACCUCUCCUCCACGUUACUCCUCCGAUCUGUCAUCGAUUCACUCCCUCCCCUCGGUCCAAAAAUUCUCAAACCAAUCACAGCCGUCCAUAGCCUCGUACUCUGUCUCCUCUCCUUAAUCAUGGCCGUUGGUUGCACUCUCUCUAUCACCUCAGAUGCACGUUUCUUCAACGCGAUCUGCUUCCCUAUGGACGUGAAACCUAGCGGACCACUUUUCUUCUGGGCACAAGUCUUCUACCUCUCGAAGAUCCUCGAGUUUGGAGACACAAUCCUCAUCAUACUCGGAAAAUCAAUCCAACGGUUAUCCUUCCUCCACGUGUACCACCACGCGACGGUUGUGGUCAUGUGCUUCCUCUGGCUUAGAACUCGCCAGUCGAUGUUCCCGGUUGCACUUAUAACGAAUUCGACUGUUCAUGUCAUCAUGUAUGGGUAUUACUUUCUAUGUGCUGUUGGAUCGAGACCGAGGUGGAAGAGGUUGGUGACGGAUUGUCAGAUUGUGCAGUUUGUUUUCAGUUUUGGGUUAUCUGGUUGGAUGCUCCGAGAGCAUUUGUUCGGGUCGGGUUGUUCUGGGAUUUUGGGGUGGUGUUUUAAUGCUGUGUUUAAUGCUUCUCUUUUGGCUCUCUUCUUCAAUUUUCAUUCCAAGAACUAUGCUAAAAAGACUAGCAGACAAGACGACCGCAAAAGGGAGUAGUUUAGUUGUGUCUUGUCUUAAAUUGUUUUAUGAAUAAGAUGUCACAUGAGUCAUGAAAUGGAUUCGUUGUCUGAUUCAUAGUUUGUUUGGAUGGUUAUUUUCUUCCUGUUAAGAGUUGAACACUGAUAUUAGCCUACAAAUACACCAAGAUUU